AAAUACCGGUUUUCCCUCAAUUUAAACCUAAUUUCUCUCAUUUUCCGGUUUUCGCUAAAACCUUACCUCUUCACUCACUCCCCUCUUCUCUCUGCUUCAGUAUUCACUCUCCAUUUCAAAGCUCCUCUUAUCCAUUUCUCCAUCUUCUGAAAUCUCACGGUUUCUGAACAAAUGGCAUCAACAUUCACGAGCAUGUCUGCAAUGGCUGCCCCUGGUGCCGCCCGUGUUAUGGAUAAGAAACCUUUGACCUCCGCAGAGAAACUAUCCUCAUUGGCGUCCAUAUCUUCUUCUAUUAAUUUAGGGAGACGAUCUAAUGCUGUUCUGCGGAAUUCACGUUCAGUAAAGAUCAACGCGAUGGCCAAAGAGUUGUAUUUUAACAAAGAUGGGUCUGCUAUCAAGAGGCUGCAAAGUGGGGUGAACAAGCUUGCUGAUUUAGUGGGGGUUACUUUGGGUCCUAAGGGUCGGAACGUUGUUCUAGAGAGCAAAUAUGGUUCCCCAAAGAUUGUCAAUGAUGGUGUUACUGUUGCUAAGGAGGUUGAGUUGGAGGACCCAGUUGAAAAUAUUGGGGCAAAAUUAGUGAGACAGGCGGCUGCUAAGACUAAUGAUUUGGCUGGAGACGGGACAACUACUUCUGUUGUCCUCGCACAAGGUCUGAUUGCAGAAGGGGUCAAGGUAGUUGCAGCAGGUGCAAAUCCUGUUCUGAUCACCCGAGGUAUUGAGAAGACUACAAAAGCACUAGUAGCUGAGCUUAAGUUGAUGUCAAAAGAGGUUGAAGACAGUGAACUAGCUGAUGUAGCUGCUGUCAGUGCUGGCAACAACCAUGAAGUAGGAAAUAUGAUUGCUGAAGCAAUGAGCAGAGUUGGUAGGAAAGGUGUUGUGACUCUUGAAGAAGGAAAAAGUGCCGAGAACAGUCUCUAUGUUGUUGAAGGAAUGCAGUUCGAUCGGGGUUAUAUUUCACCUUAUUUUGUUACUGAUGCUGAGAAAAUGACAGUGGAGUAUGAGAACUGCAAGGUGCUUCUAGUUGACAAAAAGAUUACAAAUGCAAGGGAUUUGGUUAACAUCUUGGAAGAUGCCAUUAGGGGAAGUUACCCAGUACUAAUAAUAGCCGAGGAUAUUGAACAGGAAGCUUUGGCUACCCUUGUUGUGAAUCGGUUGAGAGGUUCUUUGAAAAUUGCAGCACUCAAGGCUCCUGGAUUUGGUGAACGUAAAAGUCAGUAUCUUGAUGACAUUGCCAUCCUUACAGGAGCAACUGUUAUUCGAGAUGAAGUUGGUCUCACACUUGACAAAGCUGACAAGGAGGUUUUAGGUCAUGCUGCCAAAAUAGUUCUAACAAAGGAUUCAUCCACAAUUGUGGGUGAUGGAAGCACUCAAGAAGCUGUGACAAAACGGGUUGGACAAAUAAAGAAUCAAAUUGAGGUUGCUGAGCAAGAAUAUGAGAAGGAAAAGCUUACGGAGAGAAUCGCAAAACUUUCUGGUGGAGUGGCUGUUAUUCAGGUUGGAGCACAAACUGAAACAGAGUUGAAAGAAAAGAAGCUGAGAGUUGAAGACGCCCUUAAUGCAACAAAGGCGGCGGUUGAAGAAGGAAUUGUUGUUGGAGGUGGAUGCACUCUACUUCGUCUUUCAUCUAAAGUGGAUGCUAUUAAGGAUCAACUUCAAAAUGUUGAGGAAAAGGUUGGGGCAGAUAUUGUUAAAAGAGCAUUAAGCUAUCCCUUGAAGUUGAUUGCUAAAAAUGCUGGUGUAAAUGGAAGUGUAGUCAGUGAAAAGGUGCUGUCAAGUGACGACACAAGAUAUGGAUAUAAUGCUGCCACUGGACAGUAUGAGGACUUGAUGUCUGCAGGAAUCAUUGAUCCAACAAAGGUUGUGAGAUGCUGUUUGGAGCAUGCAUCUUCAGUAGCAAAAACAUUUUUGAUGUCAGAUUGUGUAGUUGUUGAUGUCAAGGAACCUGAGCCACCAGUGUCUGUUGGAAGUCCGAUGGAUAAUUCAGGAUUCGGUUACUAAACACAGCUUUGAGUAGUUUCAAGGAGACAGAGAGACGUUUGAUGAAGCUAGGGUGUCAGUUUUGUAAAUCAAUUGAUUGUUUAGAGGAAAUUAUGCUGUAAGGUGGUAGUUUUUUUGGCGAGGACUGGUUACAUGAAUUUGCUGUUUAGUUGUAAACUUGCGGGAACUUUAUUCAAUGGAGUAAAAUAAAUGUUUUUGGUCAUUGUGCUUUUCCUCAAAUUUAUAGAGAUGCAACUGUGCAUGUGUUGCUGCAUAAUUGUUGAAUGUAUGCUGCAAUCUUUUCACAGACGGUCAUCGUGCUGGUCGAUGUCCCACACGGCCACACUUGGCAGCUUUGGGGUUGGAUUGUAUUUGUACUU